CUUUGUUUACAUUUCUGGUCAGGAUUGUAUAUGUAAAAAGAAAGGGAACAAAAAUUUAAGGGAAAUCAGUGGACAGAAUAUAAUGUAAAUAUGGGAGUUCAUUUAAAUGAAGAGGAAAAUAAACCUGAAACUACACUAUCUAAAAAUCAAGCCACGUCUGAAAAUGUUCAGCCCAAGUCAGCAUUAAGACAACGAUUGGAAAGCUGGUUGAACAAAAAUAUGAAAAUUGAAAUGACUGACGGAAGAAUCCUUAUUGGAAUAUUUCUUUGCACUGAUAGAGAUCGUAAUGUAAUUCUAGGUUCAUGUGCUGAAUAUUUACAGACAGAAAAUGAUGAAUCUGUUGAAGAACCACGUGUACUUGGCCUGGCAAUGGUUCCUGGUCAUCAUAUUGUUUCAAUUGAAGUUGACAGUGAUCUUGCAUCAAAUGCUGAAGUUUUGUAAAGUUUGUAUAAAGUUAUAAAAGCAAUCAUGUAACAUAAUAUGUAAAUUUACUUUAUUACAAAAUAUAAAAAUACUUCAAAUACAAAAA